ACAUACACAUCUCUUCUCUAAUACUUGUUCUGCGUGUUCGAUUUCUGAGGAUACCCCCGUGUCUGUUGUGUCCCUCCACCACCAUUCAACUGCUCUUGCCCUCCCCCCCAAGUACCUCUCUGCUUGGGCUCUUUGGGCUUUCAUUUUCUUCCAUAGCCCGAAGAAGAAAAAAACAACAACACUGGUUUCGAACAGCCCUCCAACUCGGGAGCACACCUGCAUGACCUGAGCGAGCAACUGGAGGUGCCCUCCAACCUGUAGGCUACACGUUGCUCACUCACAUCACUCGCCCGAGCCGGGCGAGACCAGUGAGAACGAGAAGAUGGAGUGGCAAGAGGAAGUCGAGUUCUGCCCUCACCGGGCCAAUCUUGAAGUCCAGACUGUCGACUUCUCCAAUGUUAAGUUCUCCGUGCCCUCCGACACGGAGGAAGAGGCAAGGGCAAACGGAGACGGUGGCGAAGGAGGCGAACCUGCACCGCCAGCCCCAGUCGUCUCCGAAAACAAGAAAAAAAAGAAGGGCAAGAAGGGGAAACAACAAGCACAUGCCGCUCCGUCUGAUGACCCUGUAGAGCCCCCGGAGGCCACACCCGAAGUUGAGGAGGAGUCGGCGCCGACCAAGGGCAAGAAGAAGAAGAACAAAAAGAAGGCAAAGGGGUCCAAGGCCAAGGACCCAGAGCCAGAGCAAGAGCCAGAGCAAGAGCCAGUGCCCGAAGUAAAGGAAGCCGACGCUGAAGCCAACGCCGACUCCAACACCAACGGUGAUACGAACGCGAACGUCGAUACCAACGCCGACACGAACCCCGAUACCAACGCAGACACCAACGCAGACACCAACGCAGACACCAACGCGGACGCUGACGCUGCCGCUGCCCCUCCUGCUGAAACUGUCGAAGAAAGUCCAGAACCUGCGAAGGAAGGAGCCCCCCCAGGACCCAAGCCCAAGGCCCAGAAAGCCAAGGAGAACAAGGAAAAGAAAGAUAAGAAGAAAAAGGCCAAAGGAAAGAAAUCCCAGGACAAUAACAUGGACCCGGAACCUGCCGCCGAUGCCUCGCGUUCUGUUCCGGCCCCGGCCCCUGACGCCGACGCCGACGCCGACGCCGGAAACAACCCCGAGGACAACAACACUAGCCCACCCUCGGCAGAAGCACCGGCAGACGAUGUUCCUCCGCAAUCAGACGCCCUAGCAAAAGACGCCGCAGCAGAAGACGCCCCAGCAGAAGAUGGCUCCGGGGAUGCCAAGCCUGAUGCCGGAGAUGCAUCCGCUCCCACGGCCGAUGAGCCCAGCGCUGAAGGUGCCAACGAGGACGCCCCUUCCACGCCAGCCGAUAAGCCUGAUGAAGCGGUGGACGGAACCAACGGAGAAGCGCCGGUAGCGGCCGAGACUAGUGAGGAACCCGCCCCCAAAGACGAGCCGGCCGGGGGUGGCGCACAGGAAGACGCUCAACCUAGCGCCGAUGCCUCCAAGGAUGAUGCCACACCCCCUGAUGCAGCCGACCAGCCCAGCAGUAAUGCCGAUGAGGGCGCCGAAGCACCUGCGCCGACGGCCCAGACAGAUGAAGAGCCUAACCCGGAAGAGCCAGCUAGCGGCGACGCGAAAGAAGACGCGCCGGUUGCGGAAUCGGAGCCGAUGCCUCCCCAAGAGGACCCGGAACCUGCAUCCGAACCAGCUGCGCCGGCCGGCGACACGCCUGGAGGCGAGGCGCCAACCACAACCGAUUCACCCGAUGAUGCCGGAACAGACGGCGACAAGCCGGAUGAAGCGCAGACCAGUAAUCCGGAUCCAGAGGUUGCAGAGCCUGAAGCCGCUCCCGAACCGACACCGUCCGCUGAAACCCCGGCCGAGGGCGAGGAGAAGGCUCCAGAUGUUUCCGCUGCCGAUGACGCCAAGCCCGAUGACGCCCCUGACUCUUCAGAUGCGCAAAACGACCCGCAACCCGCCGCCGAUGCUCCACCUGAACCAGCGCCGCCGGUCGAAGAGACAGAUAACGCCCAAGGCGAUAGCUCAGAGCCUCCGAAAGAAGAGAGCGAGGGUAACAACGACGUCAAGGAUGAGACUCCUCCCGAGAGCGCCCCGGAGCCUGCCUCCGAUCAGGCACCACCCGAGCUACCAGAGCAGGACCGGCCGGAGGCCCAAGAAGAAACCUCAGACAACCCUGACGGAAACGUUCUAAACGAUGCCACGGCUGAGGCGCCAGCUGAAAGUGACAGUACUCCUGCUGGAGAAAGUGCGCCUCCACAAGAUCCCGAGCCGGAGGCGCCCACUGAGGCUGAAGGCAAGCAAGACCAGGACGGCCGUGACACGGCAGAUGCAGCAGCAGACGCACCAGCAGACGCACCAGCAGACGGCUCAGAUGCCGCGCCAGAAGCCCAGAUUGAGGCUUCUGAGCCUCCUGUUGAGAAUGCUCCAGAGUCGCCUCCAGAGCCUUCCUCGGCUGGCCAAGAGGAAGUCGGGCCCGAGAACACGACUACGGACAGUGCUGCCGAAGAACUCAAGAGCGACCCCGUUGCCGAAGCGCCGCCGGCCCCUGAGCCAGAGACUACCGAGCCCGAGACCUCGUCCGAAAAUCCCGGCCAGGACAAUGCUGAAGAGGCCCUCAACCAGGAAGAAUCGGCUGUCGAUGCAGCCGCUGCUGAGCCUACACCCGAUGAGCCGCCAUCAACCGAAGGACAAGAUGCGGCUCAGGAAGAAGAAAAAGAGGCCAAGACUGCCGAACCUGUUGCUGAAAUGGAGAGGACGCGGGCUUGCCUGAAGAUGCAGACCUCAUCCCCAUUCCAAGCGACGGGAAGGAGUUGAGUUUCAAAGAAUUCCCAGUAUCCGAGGACGCAACACCAGCAGCAGCUGUUGAUGGUGCAAUCCCGGCACCCGCCGAUCAGGAGCCCAAAUCGGAGGACGCCGCAAAUGGCGAGCUCGCGGAAACCGUUGUCCAAGAUGAUGAAGCUGCAGACUGCAAGCCGGGAGAUGAAGCGGCGGAAGAAACGCCUGUUCCAACAACUGAAACCGCUGAGGAACAGCCAAGUGUUGAAGCAGAGACCAGUCCCGACCCUCCGAGUGCGGAACAGGAGACGCCGACG